AUGUUCAAAACCGCAGCUUCGCGCCUUAGGGCUCUCAAGGGCCGUACAAGUACAUUCAAUAGGGGAGUGGCCAGAUUUUCAAGUUUGAAUGAUGUUGCCACGAAGCCGCCGUCCUCCUCUCCUUUUGGAGCUCUUUUUGGCUGGCUGACUGGAGGAAAGUCCAGGUCUAUGCCUCCUCUAGACUUUCCACUUGCAGGCAUCAAACUCCCACCUGCAUUGCCUGACUAUGUUCAACCAGUGGAACCCAAGAUUACAACUCUGCCAAAUGGUGUCAAAAUAGCUUCUCUGAAGUCAGAGAAACCAGCAGCUUCAGUAGGUUUAUAUGUUAAUUGUGGUUCGGUCUAUGAGACACCGGAAUCAUCUGGCGCCACUCACCUUCUGGAGCAUAUGGCCUUUAAGAGCACAAGAAACCGAAGCCAUUUGCGUAUUGUGCGAGAGGUGGAGGCAAUUGGUGGCAACGUGCAAGCCUCAGCCUCUCGGGAGCAGAUGGCUUACACCUUCAAUGCUCUGAAGACUUAUGUUCCUGAAAUGGUAGAGCUUCUUAUUGACUGUGUUCGGAACCCUGUUUUCCUGGACUGGGAGAUCAAUGAGGAGCUUCAGAAGGUGAAACAUAAUAUUAGUGAAGCCUCCACAAACCCUGAAGCCCUUCUUUUGGAAGCUGUUCACUCUGUUGGUUACAAGGGUGGCUUGGCGAAUCCACUUUUAGCCCCAGAAUCUUCAAUUAGUAGACUGAACAGUAACGUUUUGGAGGAAUUCUUAUCUGAAAAUUAUACUGCUCCUCGAAUGGUACUUGCAGCUUAUGGUGUUGAACAUGAGGAGCUUCUAAAAAUUGCAGAACCACUUUUGUCUGAUCUCCCCAAUGUCCCUCCUGCCAAUGAGCCAAAAUCUGUGUAUACAGGAGGUGAUUACCGUGGUCAAGGUGAUUCAGGGGAAACUCAUUUUGCUCUUGCAUUUGAACUUCCUGGUGGUUGGCUCAACGAGAAGGAUGCAAUGAUUGUGAAUGUCCUUCAGGUGCUAAUGGGAGGAGGUGGAUCUUUUUCAGCUGGCGGACCUGGAAAAGGGAUGCACUCACAUUCUCGUGUGUUAAAUCAACAUUUAGAAUUACAUUCCAUUUCAGCAUUCAGUAGCAUCUACAACAAUACUGGCAUUUUUGGCAUCCAAGCUGCCACUGGUUCAGAUUUUGUCACAAAAGCCAUUGAUAUAGCAGCUAAUGAGCUUAUUGCGAUUGCAACACCUGGAGAAGUGGACCAGGUACAGCUAGAUCGUGCUAAAAAGUCAACAAAGUCCUCCAUUCUUAUGAAUUUGGAAUCCAGAAUGGUUGUUGCAGAUGAUCUUGGGAGGCAAAUUCUGACGUACAAUGACUGGAAACUGAGCCAACUCUUGAAGGCUGUGGAUGAGGUUUCUUUGGAGGAUAUUGCUUCAAUUGGUCAAAAGCUUUUAUCUUCCCCUCUUACAAUGGCAUCAUAUGGAGAUGUUACUAGAGUCCCAAGCUAUGACUCAGUCAGCAAAAAGUUCCAUGUAAAAUGA